GUUUUUAGAUAGAAGUGUACACCUUGAAGAAGCUGAUUCCGACAAGUGUAUCAGAUGAACAGAAUGGUAGGACACAGAGCAGUCGUGAUCUUUGUGGUGUUUACCGCGAGUAUAGUCGCCUUGUCUCAGGCAGACUCACCAGAACUAUUGAUAAAUGGAGGAUUUGAGCAAGACAGGCAGCACUGGGAAACAUGUUGGAACUAUCAUUGCGAGGUGACGCUGGAGAGCCAUUCAGGAUCUAAAGCCCUCAAGGUUACUGGCAGAACACAGUAUUAUCAAGGUCCAACCCAGACGAUCAACCUGGAUAUGGGAAAACGCUACGCAGUUGAAGGCUGGGUAAAACUAUUGAAUAACGACCAUGACAUUCUCCAGUAUAUAGAGAUUGAAAUUUCUGAAACACUGACGAACGGUAAAACGGAUUACCUGAGCGUAGCUCGUCGCCCAUUUCUGACUGCUGAAGAUGGAUGGAUUCACCUGGCGGGGGAUUUUGUCACUCCGACAACCGGCCUGAAGUCAGCUCGGCUUUAUCUACAAGGACCAAACUCUGGGAUUGACUUCAUUGUGGAUGACUUGUCGCUGAAGGAAAUCCCGGAAGUCGCAAACUGGCGCACUGAGGCCGACAAGAGAAUUGAAAAAAUCCGAAAAUCAGACAUCAACUUUGUUGUCAGCCUUCCUAAUGGAGUAAAGCCUGAAUCCGUGGAGCUGGAAAUCAAUCAAACCACUAAUGGAUUUGCGUUCGGAACGGAGGUGAAUGCCCACAGACUUGUGUCCAGCAGUCCAGAGAACCGGAAAUACGCACAGUUUCUCUACGAUAACUACAACUGGGGAGUACCUGGCAAUGCUCUAAAGUGGUACGAGUUUGAGUCGAAUAGGGGUCAUCCGGACUGGGACUGGGGGUAUAAUGCUGUCCAAGAGCUCGUUAAGCAUGGAAUUAACGUUCGAGCUCACAAUAUGCUCUGGGCAGUAGAGCAAUUUGUUCCACGGUGGUUGAAAAACUUACCACGGUCAGAAGUGAGGACAGCUGUUGCAAAGCACAUUAAAGAAACUGCACUGCGGUAUAAGGGACUAGUUAAACACUGGGACGUGAAUAACGAACUUCUGCAUGGAAACUGGUACGAGACUAAGCUUAAUGACACUGAAUAUACGAAGGAUGUUUUUCGGAUGAUUCACCACUGGGACCCUAACGUGAAGCUUUUCCUCAAUGAUUACAACACCGUCGGUUCUGGAGGAGCCACAGAGGCCUAUACUCAACAAGGGUCCGCUUACAAGAAGUUCAAUACUCAUAUAUACGGCAUGGGCGUUCAGUCCCACUUCCCAAGUGGUAUAGCUCCUGACCCUACCAUGGUUUUGAGACGCCUUGAUCGUUUGGCGGGUGCAGGACUUCCGUUAUGGAGCACGGAGCUAGACGUUAAGACCCCGGAUGAGAACUUGCGCGCUGACUGGUACGAGAUAGCCAUGAGAGUUCUGUUCAGUCACCCGGCGGUCGAAGGCAUUGUCAUGUGGGGUUUCUGGAGCCAGGCACACUACGCUGGAGAACAAGCCUCCCUUGUGUCUGGGCCGGAUUUCCGGGUUAACUCGGCGGGCAAAAGAUACAUCGACCUGGUCCAUCGACAAUGGCGAACACAUGUGACACGGUCCCUGGCGUCUGGCACCAAGUUCCACAUCCGGGGAUUUCAUGGAAAUUACAACGUCAUCGUCAGAAUAAACGGCAAAGUCGUCCAGAGAGAACACUUCAGCCUGGGGAAAACUCCAGCUAAUGUGCACUUUACCGUCCAAAGCCAUUAACAGAAAAUAAA